AUUGUUUUAUCUGAGUAUGUUAUGCGCAUGCGCGUCACAACAAGUGAGUCAUUCUUAAAUCGAGUCGACUCUUGCAGUCUAAGGUGAUGCCUUAUAGUGUUGACGCGCCGUCCGCUCCCGUGCUAACUUUCAACAGAUAUAACACAAAUCUUGGUAACAUGUCUCAUACGGUGACCAUCACGAGGACGACCACCACUUCUUCAGGAAGUCCGCUUUUCGUCAACAGCGGCUAUCUGGGAACUCUGCCAGGAUUAUUAAAACUCGCGGAAUUGCUACUGGGCGCGGCGUGUGUCGGUGUAGUCGGAUACUAUUUGGAUCCAGGCUACAGUCGAUACAACGGCCAGAAGCCGGAACUGUUCUAUCUCCUGGUAUCAGUUGCAUUUCUUAUCGGGACAUUCUGCUUGUUGCUCUCCUGUCUGCUGUCGUUUUCCACAGCGUCUAUGAUAUCCAAAACUUUAUAUGAGGUUAUAUAUCACGGGAUAGCGUUCGUGUUCUAUCUAGCAGCCGGUCUCACGUUAAUGAUAGAGGUCAAUCAUCAGAAGAGCAGCUACCGGAGGGACUUUGAACCGUACCUAGCCGCUGCGGUGAUGGGUUUAGUUAUGGCUGGAUUAUAUUUACUGAGUACGUUCCUCGCAAAUCGCUCGUACCGCGGCAUUUGAACUUAAAAUAAUGUAUGUGAUAGUUAUUUAUUACCUACCUUUGUUUUAUACAAAACUAUAUUUAAGAAUGCCUUGAAUGAACUGUUCAACGUGUGACGUGGGCUCGAUGUGAGCUACGAGGUGUUUAUAUUAAGAAUUUUAUACGCUUUUGCUUUUACACUAGUAAAAGAAAAAAAUAUAUAGUAAUUUAUAAUCAAAAUGUGCCUACUUUUAUAUUAUAUGGUUACUAAUAAAUUAAAAAAUAAGUAAUUAUUUGACGUUUCAACGAGAAGGAAUAAAAAAUGAACGUGUUUAUUAUUUAUUAUAUUAUUUUCCUUAACAGUUACAUUAAAAGGUCUAAGAGUCGUAAAAUAAUGAAGUUGUAUUUUUUUUAUUAAGGUAUCUCAUAUUAUUUAUUUAUAAAUAAAUGUUAUCUCUGUGAAGAGUUUUUUACGUCUCAUUUAAUAAAAUGUUUAUCGAUCUUACCAAGAAUAAACAUUUACGGUAUAUAUGUCUGUCGUAAAGAUUGCGACUGUUAAAAAAAAUAUGUGUUGCGUAUGACCGUUCGAUUGAUAUUACAAUAUUUUUAUGUAUUCAUAAAAGUAAGGGUAAUAGUAACCUAAGAUAUAUCAAAUGACUGUCGUAUAGAUCGUAACUUUCUCAACGCAAUUUAGUUUAUACAGAGUUCUGGCUAAAUAAAUUAACGAUCGGUCUAGACUUCUCCGUCCAAGUCUCCGAUGUAAUGGGCGAGACUGAUUUUUUAUACGAAUUCUCUAUUAGCGGAGUUAUAAGCGGGAGACAUCAGAGUCAGUGGAGAUUUCGGUUUUUCAAUAAACAUAUAUUCUCAUCUGUUUAAAGUAAUUUUUCUUCCAAUUGUACACUAGUCAUAUACUUUACAAUAACUUAAUAUCAUUUCAAACAUUAUAAUGAAUUAGCUUUUUUAAUUUACAAAAAAAAAAAGUAAACCAAACCUUUAUAAAUGCGGAUUUUUUUCGACGACCAACGUUAGUAAUCUCAGUGUCUUAUUUUUAUAAGAGCUCCAAGAAAAUUUCUAUGAGAUUUCUAUAUAUAUAUAUAUAAUAUUAUAUAAUAAAGAAAUAAUAAAACAAUAAGACUUUUUAUCCGCAUAUUGAAAUAUAGAAUACAUAAAUAAAUUAUCCAACUAUUUGCCUCUCCCUUUGUUGAGGUACUCCAAUUUCCAAAUAACUCCCCUUCAAAUGGAAACCGUUUUAAAAAACAAUAUUUUUUAAUAUUCAAAGAGGAUCUUACGUUAAAACUGAUGCGAUAUAAAUAAUAUUUACUCAAUAAUUAGGCCAUGUAUUUUAUGUAACCUUUUAAUUAUUGUGUUUGGAAAUGUUUUGGAAAUUUUAUUGCCAAGCCUGACGUUGAGUAUUAUAAAUGUAUAAUUUUAAUCAAAUUAUCCUGCCAUCUGUAACGUAAUAGUGUACUAACCGUGUUAUUAAUGUAGAAAAAUAUUAUUAACAUUUGACAAACAAUGGUAUAUUUUUUGUAUGAUUUAGUAUAUUUAAAACUAUUUAUUAUUAUUAUAUGUAAAUAAAAAUUAUCAAAAAGUUACAUUUUAAGAGCUUGGCAUCCAAACACUGUUUUUGCCGCUGGCAGUUUUGUUACCAUAUUUUCUUUUGUUUCUAAAUUCAAUGUUUAUUUAAUUUUUUUCUGGUGUAAGUCAAUUAAUUUUCUUUUAUUUCAUUCAAUAUAUUGUCACCACUAAAUAUUUGGACGCUUUUAUUAUUAAGAUGUUUUUUUGCAAACAAUACGCUUGUUUUACAGUUCUUUGUUAAAAUAAAAUUGAUAACAAAAGUUGCUUUUAAAUAAUUUAAUUAAUUUAUUUAUUCAUAUAAAUAGCCAGCGUUAUAUUUUUCGUCAUUAUUAUACUCAUGCUGCAGUCCAUGUAGAUUUUUCUAAAGAUUUUUAAAAGAUCCGCUAGAGGCAGCACUUGAGGGAUGACAUGACAUGUUCUCUUAUUUCUUUUGACAUUUAUUAAAAAACACAUAGAAAAUAAAUUAACUAUUAAAAAAAAACAUAUGUUAUCAUGCCAACGAAAAAUUAUUUAUUCGCGAAUUAAAAUUGUAAUAAGCGAUACUAGCAAGAUAUAACAUAAUUAAUUCGAGAAGAUUUUAAAAUAAAAUAAAAAAAACAUUUAUUUUUUUCAUAACGUUUACUCCAAGACUGCCACAUUUCCCCGCCUAGAAAAAAAUUAUAAUCAAAUAGGGUUUAGUUUAGGCUAACAAUAUUAUCAGGAAUAUAGAUUUUAUAUAAAUAGACAUUCUAUAACAGAAAACACAAGUUUUAUUAUGAAUUUUAAUUUUGAUGAAGAAAUGAAACAGACUAUCAAUUGAAUGAGAUGAAUCAAUUUCAUUUUAGACUUUCAAAAGUUUCAAAAUUCUAAACUUUUAGCCAACAUCCACUUCCUUAUUUUCUAUCAUUUUUGAAUUGUAUCUUACUGAAUUAAGUCUAAAUCUAAAUUAAAAUAAAUAAGUCAAAUCUAUGACACCGAAUGAUUAUGAAAAUAAAAAUGAAACAGGUAACCCAUCAUACACAAAUCUCGGACAUGUUUUUUGUUUUACCAAAAUUAAUUCGUUCCAUUGACAUCACCUUUAAAUAAAUUCAUUUAUAUGAUUUUCGUGUUUUUCUCAAACGAGAAAUCAAAGCAAUUCUGCAAGUGAUAGAGCCUAGCUGUGGUCAGGUUACUGCAACUCGAACAUGGUCUGCCUUGACAGGGGACGUAACACCUUCCAACAGAAGAUCGGCGUGAAGUAGUCUUUAAUAGCUGCGUUUUGUGCGAUGUGUGAGAUCCGGUUGUCCUAUCACUUAACCCACCCUUUCCUUCUCGUCUUCCACAAUCAAGUUCGGCAAUGCAUCCGCAACAUCCCUUAUGUUGCAGAUGUCCGUGUCCAUGGGCGUGUCUACUUGCCAUCAAUGCCAUCUUUGAUAAAAAAGUUGCCCCAACUGGUGCUAUGUUUAAAAUUUUCUAGGGAAAUAGGGUAAAUAAAAAAAGCUGAAAUUUGCAAUAAUUUUCAUUUUGAUUGUGAAACAAUUGGUUAAUAAUAAUAUCUGUAGCAACUGUUCAUUAACAUUGUGUUAUCGUCCAUACUUAUUUUUGUUAAAAAAUGUACACCUACAAUAGCAUUAAGUACCUAUACUGAAUGAGACCUAUUAUAUUUACAAAAUUGCUUUUUUGUACUUUCAAAAUAAAAAAAUACGAACAAGAA